CAAUAUGUUGUAUGCACAUAGAUAUUUAUAAUGAUCACAGUUGCUCUUUUCUAGCUGCAGAAUCAUGCAUUCCGUAAAUUCCCUAAAACAGACCAAAUUAAAAUAGAAAUUAACAAUAUUUCAUUAACAUGAAAACAAUAAGUUUCUUGAUUAUUUGGAUUGCUUUAAGUUGGAUUGAAAUUACAUCUACUCAAGAUUGCCCACCUUUACCGAAAAGGCCAGAUAACAUUGUUGUAACCUGUGUUUACCCAGCCUCAACCACACCUGCAAAGUGCACUGGAAACUUUGCUUCUGGAACCGUUGUGAAAUAUGACUGCGCAAAGUUUUUCACUUCUGCCGGUGGUGACGCGAGAAGAAGGGAGAUUUCCUGCAUCAACGGAAAAUGGAGACGCCUUGGAGCAUUUACAGAAUUUAACUGCAAUUAUGGAUGCGGACAACCAACGGUGGAAUCUAUAAGACAACCACUUAUCGUGUUUGGUAAGACUGCCGAGAGAAAUAGAUGGCCAUGGCACGCAGCAAUUUUCCGGUUGCAGGAAGGAACUGAGAAUGACUUUAUUUAUAUUUGUGGUGGAACAUUAAUUUCGUCGCCUUUUCUUGGCCGACCCUCAUCCAUAAUUACUGGAGCUCACUGUCUCACUGACAAGGAUGGUAACUUGCUUCCGAACAAGCAGUUUAAAGUGGUCCUUGGGGCAAAAUCGAGCAUUCUUGAGAAAAAUGAGAAAGAUUUCCAUUCAAUGGUUUUCACGGUGAAAAACAUAAGUUUGGCUCCCGAGUUUGAUAUUGCAACGCACGAGUCAGACUUGGCGUUAAUGCAUCUGAGCGAGCAGGUCGAGCUCAGUGAUUACAUUUUGCCCGUGUGUUUUCCAUACGCAAAUUCAAAAGAAUUUCAGGACAUUAUACAACUAAUUUUGUCAACCGGAAAUACAGGAGAAGUGGUUGGAUUUGGAAUAAAUGAAUUUGGAAAAGUAUCCGAAUCACUGAAGUACGCGGAGCUCCCCAUCCUCAGCCCGAGACAAUGCUAUGACGCGUUGGACACUAUUCCAACUUUUAAUCAAUUUUGUUCAGGAUUUAUAGAAAGCAAUAACGGUGAAAAAAAUGCACGCGUCUGCAGAGGCGAUUCGGGAGGAGGAUACAUCAUGAGAAACAUUUAUGCCCCCAUAAAGCGAUACUAUAUUUUGGGUGUGGUCAGUUUUGGCCGUUUAAAUCCAAACGGAGCUCCUUGCCAAAGUGUUGCUGUGUUUACUCGCGUUCACAAAUUUUUAGACUUUGUAGCCCGAACAAUUGAAAUGUUUGAAUUAAGUUUGUCAGAAGAAUCGGAAGUUGAAGUGGGGGAUGACGUUCGUGAUUUUGUGUCGAUGAGUGUUUCACAAAAAUUUGUAACUUCCACUAUUCCUACGACGACUAGAACAUCGCCCACGACAACGACGACCAAAAAACCUACAACAACGACUACCAUCAAAAAACCUACGACGACAACGACCACCCAAAAAUCUACGACGACAAUGACCACCCAAAAACCUACGACGACAACAACCACCCAAAAAUCUACGACAACGACGACCACCAAAAAACCCACCACAACGACGAUCACUGCUCCAAAAUCUACUACUGCGACGUUUUUCACAAUAACAACGACACAAGUUCCAAGCACAAAGAAACCUCGCGUAACGUACCAAGAAACAGCAACAUCUUCAAUUCCUGCAAUUCAAACCACUAUAAAGCCAAAUACCGGUGCCAGCUUCGGUUGCCCACCACUCAAACCAGUUGCCGGCACAGUUAUCACAUGUCACAGCUAUAGAUCGUCCAGAUUUGGUACGGGGAAGCCAGUGGAUUGCCUAAAUCCUAAUGCUUUAGUGCCACAUAAAACCUUCGCCAUUUUAAAAUGCAAAAGACUAUACAAACUUGGUGAAGGUGUUUUGAGAAACAGUGCAGAAAUAUUCUGCCAAUCAAACUCCAAAUGGAGCGAACUAAGUCCGAGUAAUUUCCACUGUGUGGUGGACUGCGGAACGGAAGCGGGUCAUAUGCAGGACCUUAUCAACGGGAAACAUAGUUGUCCAGCGGCUGCAGGACUGUUUUAUGAGAAUCCUGUGGGAUCGAGAAAUUAUAAAUUAUUUUGCCACGCAACAAUGAUUGGAAAUAGUGCACGGGCUCUUGUCACCGCUGCUCACUGUGCAACGAGGAGCUGGAUGAAGGAGGAAAUUCUCACCAGUGACAAAAGUGUUGUCGCCGUGGUUGGUAAAUUCCACCGGAUUUUUGAGCUGAAUGAUUUCAGAAAGGUGCAGUUGAGGCACGUUGUGGACUUUGAUGUCCAUCCAUCGUAUCGGAAUACCACCACCUCAACGGGCGAUAUUGCUCUUUUGUGGUUAGAUAAGGAAGUUCAAAUCACAGAACAUACUCGACCGAUGUGUCUACCUAAAGCUAACGAGAAGGCAGGAGAGUAUGGAUCGUUGAUUUGGGGAAGCCCUUUGACCGGAGGGAGAAAAAGUUCCAUCCCAAAAAUUGGUUCUGCAUCGUUGUCAAUCGGCGUCAAAGUUUGUAAGCCAGAACAACCCAUUCAUAGACGGUGGUUUAGUAUGGUACAGAGAAACAGACCGUAUUGCGACGUUGAAAAACCAGGACUGUCGACGUGUGACAUUGGCGGAGGUGGAUGCGUGAUCACGCGAUCCGGAGAUUUAGGGCGCUGGGUUAUCGAAGGUGUAGUUAGCCCUGCAGCAGUGGGGUCUCAAGGCGAAGACUGUCAUUCCGGGCGCACUUCAGUUUUUAUUCGUUUCUCGUAUUUUCGAAACUGGAUUGACUCAAUGUUACGAGUUAAAGAUGUGGAUAGUCACCACAUCAGUAAUCUUGUGUCGGAUGUUUGAUUAAAUUAAUGUUCGUACUUUCGUAGUGUAGUUCAUUCCUCUUCUGAUUAACUUAUCUAUUCUUAAAGCUGUAUAGUCUUGAGACGGCAAAAAUAAUUUGUUAAAUACUUAGAACAUUAUCCAGCCCAAUAAGGAGACAAGUUGUACUCUAUGACGAUUAAGAUUUCGGGGGUUCGUGGCCAGUAGCACCUUAAAAAUGACAUGCACUUCGAAUAAAUAAGUAAAUCUGGAAAAUAAGAUGUACUUUUUUCACAGUUUUUUUGAAAAUAGAUUCAGAAUGCAUUGUUUCUAACCCUCGAAAGUAUUUGUGUGCCCAGUCGAAAUCGCUACAUUUUCGGACCUUAUUAUCUGUAAAAUACAGCAGAGAAUACUUUAUGUAUUUACAUAUGUACAUAUAUUUAUUUCACAUUAUUAAUUACAAUUAUUAUGUUACGUAAAAUUUUGUAUACUUAGUAACAUAUUCUAAUGAUUUUCAUUUACAUAUUUAUUUAGAGAAUUACACAUUAAAUGGUUAGAAUGUGGAUUACGAUUUUUCUGUCUUUACUUAGCGUCAUGCAAGCUCUAAAUGUCCCUCUGAUAAUGGCCCUUUGAAAUGAAAGGGAAGACAAUCGCUUAAUGGUGAACACGCCCGGUUCCCCGAUAAAAAGUGGACGACAUGAUCUCCGAAAUUUGUCCAUGUAAAGUUUAUCCAUUGGUUUUCGGAAGUUCAUAUAUUUCCAGGAAUCGAUUGUCGACUUGGCUGCUUGCUGACCUUUACCUCCAAAUUCUAGAAUCAAGCCCCACAUAAUUUGUGAACCAAAAGACCAGAUGGCAAGUAGCAUCUAAUAAAUGAUAAUUACCUACAUAUUAA